GGUCUAUAUUCAGACGUUUCCUUCCGCGCAACGCGCACAGCGCGUAAACGCGCAUGUUUGCGCAGUCUCGCAUUUCAUCAGUCGUUUACCUGGUGCUGCUAUGGCGGUGCAAAAAGCUGCGAGGUUGCCGCUGUUGCCAGUGGCUGCACUUACUCUCCUUGCCGUUAUCUCGGCUCAACCGUUGUGGAUCUAAGCGCAGGAUGGACCUAACGUGAAGUGCGAUACUGUCCGCCGACACUCCGCGAGAACCAGGGAGUUCGUCUUGCUGCCAACUCCUAUGGUAGUCACAUGGGUCGGGUUGAAGUCAAUUAUUAUGGACGCUGGGGCACUAUCUGUGAAAACAGCUGGAGCAGCUAUGAUGCAAAUGUCAUCUGUGGGAUGCUGAACUACACAGGCUACAUUUGCGCUGUCACCUCUGCUACAAGCACAUUUGGAGAAGGAACAGGGAGUGUGUGGCUCACUAACCUAGCCUGUAGGUACUACGACACCAGUCUGGACCAGUGUCGGAACAGCAAUCCAUACAAUAUCAAUCCGUGUAUACACAGCCGUGACGCUGCCCUCAUCUGCCAAGACCCAACUGUGAUGCCAGUACCGUAUGAAAUAACAGUACUGAAUAGAACAACAAGAAGUAUCAAAGUAGGAUGGCAGCUGAAGUUUAUUCCACCGCUAAUACAAGCAAUCGACUUCAGACUGAACAUAACGACAGAAGGCGCGACGUAUCCUUCUGUAUAUCUCACUAGGGUGCCGGUGACCGACACGUCGAUGAAUUUCAACUACACUCUCCCACGUCUAUCGUUCAACACCUCAUACACUCUCUACAUCAGGGCCGAGGGGGAGUACCAGUGGUGCAGUUAUAACGAACUGCUGGGGAAAUACAGUGAACCUGUCGUCAUCGCAACGGCUGAUAUGAUUCCGCCCUCCACGCUGCCCAUGAGACUCUUGUCUCAGAAUCCAUUGACAGAGCCCUACAUUGGGAGACUCCAGGUGUAUCACGACGGACAGUGGGGCAACGUCUGUGAUGACUACUUCAGGGCUGUCGAUGCCGACGUCGCCUGUUUGAGUCUCAACUACACUGAUGGAGCCAUUUGCUAUGCCAACAGUCCAUUUCCCCCAAGCUCAGCUCCCAUUCUGCUGGAUAAUAUUGACUGUUCGAAUGCAGACAGGUUUGAGGACUGCAUUCACAGAGGGUGGGGUGUUCAUGACUGCAGCUUGAGUGAGAGUAUUGGACUCAUCUGUAACCCUGGAACUUCUGUUGCUCCACUUGUGACAGGACUAAGGAUCACUGCAGUCGCUCCUUACAGUAUCACUGUGGCUUGGGACCCCUUGAGAGAUGUACAGAGGUACAGGGAUAAUGUACGGUGCAGUCGGAGGUCGCACACAGCUGACCUAUGUGAGAAGUAGCACCUCUGAGUGGACGCUGUCAAGACUUGUGUUGAACCAGAACUACACUGUCAACAUCAGUGCUGCGAUAACUUUCAGCAGCUACAGAGGAGGCAAUUGUUACAGUUACUUCUAUGGAGAACCCAGUGACUCUGUCUAUGCCCUGACAAAAGAGAGCCCUCCAACCAUUGCAAUAAGUGCUUUCCAUGUCACAGUAGUCAACAGCACAGUAGUGGAGGUCACCUGGCAGCCUCCAUCCACCACUGUCGGCAUUAAUGGCGACCUCAGGGGCUUCAAGCUCUUUGUGGACAAAAUUGACGGGAACCAAACCAUUAUUGAUAUCCCCGGGGCACUAAACCGGGCCUAUAUCGUGACUAACCUGGAGGAGUCGGCAACCUACCUCUUCAGUAUACUCAUGUACACAGUGGGAGAUGGGCCUAUGAGUGUACGGCUACAGGUCACCAUGCCAAAUGCCAGCUAUGUGCAGCUCUUCCAGGUAUUUGGAAGGUGGGGAGAUGGAAUUGAAGUUCUCAGAGCCUACUCCUAUCAGUAUUGGCUAUAAUGUCCUAUGUGGCUCUAAUACACCGAAUGCAGCCUAUGAGUGGAGGUUUGCCAAUGGAAGUCGCAUUGGCAUCUCAAACAGUGGCUUCCGUGCAGCCCAUUUUGUCAAUGGGACUGCUGUGCUGCAGAUAGGAACAGCCUCGGUCAAACCGUCGCCGCCUCAAUAUAUGUGAUGGAGGAGUAUACACGUGCAUUGGAACCUAUCCAGAUGGCAGUCGUUCAAGUAGAAACUUCACUCUUAUUUAUGGAUCCUCUCAGCCAUCGAUGGGAGCACCUCGGCUGAUCCAAAGGAGCUCCAGAUGGGUUCAAAUUGCUGGGACCCACUCGACUGUGACGGUGGGUUCCCACUCAGUGCCUAUGUCGUGCAGUACCGAAGGUCAGCCUAUUACUACUCCUACUCGACUCUUGGAGAAGUGACACGCCUGAAUUACACCAUCCGGGAGCUGUCUCCCUUGACAAGCUACUACUUUAGAAUUGGGAGAAAGAGCUCUAGUUCUCUGUCUAUCAGCUACUCAUCAUCACUGUCAGUCACCACACUUGAAAAAGGUCCUAGUGAACCGAGGUUGGUGGUCGUUAGAGUCGGCUUCAACUCAGAGGUGUGCGCCACAUGGGUACAACCUGCCCUCCCUGUUGGGACCAUCAUUCUCUACAAUCUGUAUGCAGAGGUCGUUGAGAACUCUGUUGAGGCGGUUGAUGUGGUGGACCUUCCUAGUAAUACUGCAGUCAAGUUAUUCCCUGGGAGCCAGAGGUCAGGGUGCAUGAGGCUGAGUGUGACAGAAGUCAUCUACCACUUCCAGAUGAGUGCAGUGGUUAUUAUCAACGGACGCAGAGUAGAGGGCGCCUCUCUCCCUACUCCCCACAGACUACUCUCUUGUACCUGAGCCAGGUCUACCUCAGCCGGUGAAUGUCCGUGCCUCCUCAACUAACACAAGUGUUACACUGCAGUGGGAACUGCCUGAAGACCUUCAGCUGGAUGAGAAGACAUUCUACAACGUUUCUUACUCUGGUAUGGUGGAGUGGAUUUCCCCCAGUGGGGUGUUCACCAGUUUCCGGGAGCAGGGAUGGAAGACAACAGAUAACACUACCGUCAUCUUCUCUCCCCUCACUCCCUCCACUGCGUACGUAUUCAGAGUUAGCGUAGUUACAGAGGAUGGCCAGAGUGGAACGGAGGUCACUAGUACUGUCACCACCAGCAGUGAAACUGGAGGAAAGCUGGCUUACUUUCAAGUGCGCAUCCAGACAGGCAAUGCCAACUGUGAGCAGUGGGUGGCUGAAGAUACAGAGGGCAAGCUGAGCCAGAUACAGAAGUCCCUACAGCAGAGUAUGUUGCUACUCUGCCAGUGUCAGCCCCAGCUGAGCCAGAGAGAGUUCAGUUGCCGAACAGGCCCACCCAACACCGUCACCUACAGAGCCAGGAUAACGGGGACUUCCUCACGGAGUGCAACUGAGGUGGUGGCCAUCAUGGGAGCCUGGGUCCAGACCAACAAAGGCUCAGUCCAGAUAGACAGACUGCGGUACUAUUUGGACCCCACCUGUGAUCCUACUCUUGAGAACAUCCAUGGCCCAGACUGCCUGGUGGCUGAAACACCAACGGAUGGUAAAGCUGGCUUACUUUCAAGUGGCCUCAUCCACACAGGCAAUGUGCCAACUGUGAGCAGUGGGAACCGCGUGGCUGAAGAUACAGAGGGCAAGCUGAGCCAGAUACAGAAGUCUCUACAGCAGAGUAUGUUGCUACUCUGCCAGUGUCAGCCCCAGCUGAAGCCAGGGAGAGUUUCAGUUGCCGAACAGGCCCACCCAACACCAUCACCUACAGAGCCAGGAUCACGGGGACUUCCUCACGGAGUGCAAACUGAGAUGGUGGCCAUCAUGGGGAGCCUGGUCAGACCAACAAAGGCUAGUCCAGAUAGACAGACUGCGGUACUAUUUGGACCCCACCUGUGAUCCUACUCUUGAGAACAUCCAUGGCCGACUGGCAGGUGGCUCAGACACCAACAGAUGGUACUACUGUGACAACUGGUGGUAGUACUGUGACAACUGACAAUACUACAACAACUGAGACAACAAACAAGCCUGUUACUAGCGACACCAGCAAGCCAUCUACUGAAGAUUACCACCCAACCCAUAACAAACGAAACUGGCAUUGACCCUAAGACCCGCAGUCUGAGAGACAAACUGGUGACGAUAAUGGAGGUGCUGGGGCUACCACCGGUCAAGUUGCAGAUUCUUUCUAGGUGCGUGAUUACCGGUUUGCUUGCUACACUGAUUAUCAUCAUUGUCUUUUCUUGUGCUGGAAGUACAGGAAACAGUCGUAAGUUUUGCGUUUUCUCAAUCCUCUGUCAGUACUAAUCAUUGCUCUCUCUACAUAUAUACUUCUCCACCCUGCUCCAAUCUCUUGAAUGUAGUGAAGCACAAUCACAUACAAAAGUCAAAGUGAGUUUAAUGAGCUGGUGAAUGAGCUGGACGUAAGUUGAUCUUGCAAGGGAAGGUGUCUCACAAUGAUUUGUACUUACAGAAUAAUUACAAG